AUGUCAGGGCCAAACCAUUCUCACACACCUUAUACCUAUGAUCCUACAAGUUAUGCUUCCACAACUAACACAGCUGCUUCAUCGACUGGCGAUCUAUCCCAAUCAUAUUAUGGAUACGAUUAUGCAGCGUAUUCCUCUAGUGUUCCAUAUCAAAGCAACACAAAUACUGGCGUUUACGAUGGCUAUGAUUACUCUACAUACGGUGGUAGUAGUUAUUAUUAUCCUACAACAGGAGUAUCAUCCGCACCAAAAGCAUCUACCGCGACUGUGGUUGAAGCACCUCCAGCCAUUGUAAACACUGUUUCCAUGUCUUCAAAUUCAAGCAAAUCUGGAAUUAUUCAUCAACAAGAUAGAGGAAUUAGCUCUGGUAUCCAUCAACCAAAGGACGACAUUGUAAGCGGGCAUCUUGACAUGCAAAGCGGGAUCAAUAAGCAAUCUGCUUCAAAAAAGAAACCAAAGACAAUUAUUAGAGCUGCAGGAGGUGAAAUUUGGGAAGAUCCAACAUUAUUAGAAUGGGACAUUAAUGAUUUUCGUUUAUUUUGUGGUGACCUUGGCAAUGAAGUCACGGACGAUAUCUUAUAUAAAGCAUUUAGUAAAUAUCCAUCUAUACAAAAAGCCAAGGUUAUCCGGGAUAAACGUACUAAUAAAAGUAAGGGAUACGGAUUUGUAAGUUUUAAGGAUGCGGAUGAAUUUGUCAAAGCUUGGAAAGAAAUGAACGGAAAAUAUGUGGGUAAUAGACCAAUAAAAUUACGAAAAAGCACAUGGAAAGAAAGGAACAUAGAUGUUAAAAAUAAAAAACACCAUCCUUACAAAUAG